UUAAUGUUAAUUACAUUAAAUGAACUGGGAAAAUUCUUGUACAAAACAAUAAAUGAAUUAAUGGCCUGUCUGGACAAGAAUUGGCAAAAAUAUUUUUUAAAUAAUAUUAGACUAUGUCUCAAUUGCGCCCCAAAGAAAUCCUCACGGCAAUCGAGGCGUUCAAAAAUUAUUGAUAGUACCAAGCAUUCCUUGAGAAGCACACAAAAAGAACUUGAACGCAAAGCCACACAUUUUUUCAAAGAUCAACGCAUUGCGCAGAGGGAAAUAUUUGAUCAUUUUGAUGCUAGAACAACUACAACACUAACCUCAGAAGACUUACAAAAAAUUUCGAGAGUAACAACAGAUUCAGAGCCUGUAGAUAAUUUGACAAAGAAUUUGAUUGAAACGGGUUAGUCAUGACGGGGAUUAUCUACUAUAUCGUAUGAAAAAAUUAAAAUAACAAUAUUGUGAUCCACUUUCGUAUAUCCCUACCCGAACCACAAAGGCUCUACGACCCGAACCACAAAGGCUCUACCCCGGCAAACCCCGAUCUCCAAUGAUACCGACCCUGAAGGCUCGGGAAGCUAACUUACUUUAUCUGAGAAAGGCGGGAAAUUUCAUGGAAAAAAUUUUUCUUGUGUCAGGCUUCGAGUAUCAUAUAUCCUUAUACGUAGUGGUCAAU